CCCUAUUCACCUCCCUCUAGUGUUGCCUUUAGAUCCUAUACUAACUUUAUUUUUUAAGAGUUUCCUGGUCUUGAUACAACUCGCCCCUGCGCAAAUUUUGUCGAACGGGUGGAGUCAUGUUAUCAGGACUUACUCACUUUGGCAGAUCUACGACGAUGGAUUGCCAAUGUCCAUUCCCACUUUCCUAUCACUGUACCAAAUUAAUCGUAGUUCAAAAUUCAAGGAUUGUUUUUGUUAUAUUGUGGCUCACAAAAAGGCUUUAAUGUGUAAUGUCUCCUCUGUAAAACAUUGGACAGAGCAUUGGUUUUUUGCUCGUGGUGAUUGGUUGUCUACUGAUGAGGCGGGCAUGUGUUAUGUGGUUCCAACAAGGUUUAGGGAUUUCGUGCCUCGAAAGUUUAGCUGCUCCACUAUCGCAAGGAAUUUAGCCAGAGCCAUUCAGAGCUCGAAUAAAGAGACAAAACACGGUUCUAACUUCAUAUCUCAAGAAAACCUAAUCCUCGUCGGACUCACUCAUUCUGAAUUUUUGACAGAAUUGGUUCGAAUCCGAGCUAAACUUGUUCAAGCUUAGCAAAUUUUGGAAAAGGUGAGGAACAAACACUUUUUUAAAUAGAUCAACUCUCAUGAAAAGAUUAGUCAACUUAGGGCCCAACGGAAUGAAGCCCAAGAGCAUCUGGACUCUGUUGAAUAUUUGGCUGAUGCAUUCGAAAAAACAAAAAGAUACAAAAAAAUGUAAAACGAUGCAAUGGAGGUUGGACUUGCCUAGUUGUGAAAAAAAAAUAUUCUCGUCAGCACCCUGGCCAAGAUUAUACCUUCCCUCCCUCAUUAAACGAGUCUGAUGAAGGUGCUGGAGAGGGUGACAUGGACACUAACUUAGGUAAAAAUGAUGCUUGAUUUUUAUCUUUUUUGGUUGCGUACUUAUUUUUCAUUUCUUCUAU